AUGCUUCUACAUGUUUCUUAUCGAAAUGAAGCUCCUGAUCAAGCAAGUGUUACUUCAUCCGUUCGCUUACCUCUAUCAGCAACUGGUUCUUCAAAAACUGCAUUAAAAAAGAAAGAGGAACUGAAAGAAUUAUGCAUAAAUUGUAUUGCUGGUUCAAUGGGAAAAGAAUAUCAUGGUGAAAUUAAUCUGGUAGUGGAUGAUCUUCUUCCAAGUGAUCUUGGGGGUGUGGAAGAAUAUAAACUACAACUUUAUUCAACAAAAUUUAUUGUUACAGAUAAUGAGCUGCAAGUAUUGUCGGCAUUUCAGGAACAAUGUUCUGACGUUGGUUGUGUUGAUCAUUAUUUGAAUAAACAGUUACAACAUGCUUUUCAAUCAGAUCAAAUUCAUUUCAAUAAAAAUACAAUUGAAAAAAUUGAUUGUGAAUUAAUUCAAAAUGUUUUUGAUCAAUUUAAAAAGGUUGUUUCUUCUGUGAGACGUUCACAUCAACAACAAAAAAUGAUCUCACAAAUUACAAAUAUAUUCUAA